AUGACGAGUUUAAGUUCAAUCAAGGUGCCAGUGUUUGAAGGCAAAAACUUUGAACAUUGGAGGUUACAUGUGGAGAAUAUUUUUACAUAUCAAGAAGUAUGGGAUAUUGUGAAAGAUGCUUAUGUAGAACCAGCAGUAGGAGAUGUAGUUGAAGGAGCUGCGCAAACUCUAUUAACUGAAAACAGAAAGACGAAUUCUAAAGCUACAUAUAUUCUUCAUCAAGGUGCUCAUGAAUCUCUCAUGGACAGAGUCAUCUAUAUUAAGCAAGCUAAAGCAGCAUGGGAUGAUUUGGUUAGCUACUACACAGGGUCUGACAAGGUCAAAAAGGUUAGAUUGCAAACCCUAAAGAGAAAGUAUGAAUUAUUGCAGAUGGAAAGUACUGAAACAAUAUCAGAUUUUUUCUCAAAGACUUUGAAUAUUGUCAAUGAGAUGAAGGCUAAUGGUGAUACUGUAGAAGAUUCAACAGUUGUUGAGAAGAUAUUAAGAAAUUAUGAACAAAGAUUGCUAGAGAAGAUAGUUUAUGCAAAACAAGUUGAAGAAGCACUUCAAAGUCAAGUUAGCUGGAGAAGAAACCAAGGAAAACCUAAUGCUGGAAGGUUUCAAGGAAGAUCUAAUACUGGAAGUUAUCAAGGAAGAAAACCAGUUGAUAGAUCAAAAGUUCAGUGUUACAACUGUGGAGAUUUUGGGCACUUUGCUCCAGAGUGUCCAAAACCUAGAAACACUACUGAAAAUAAUUAUAAAUCAAAUUUCAAAGCUAAUAUUGCUGAAAGUCAACAAGAAGAAGAAGCAUAA